AUGUCGAGUCUCGCAUUGGUCGUGCACAGGAUGCCUGUGGAGAUGUGGAGAGAUAUUUUUCAUCUCUGCUUAGGGCUUGCCCAGGUAGAUACCCAGGGCUGGUUGCUCGCAUACGACUUCCUCCGUGUCGAAACUACCCAGAUCACACGCGCAUAUCAGAUCAAAGAGCAGAUUCGGGCCAAGCUGAGUCUCGUCUGCCGUCUCUGGAGAGAUAUACUCGCAGAGAUGGAUGAUGGCAUCGUCGUGUCAGGACCUGAUGGACCUGUAUGGCCACCAAAUAGGAGUAUAGAGCAAGCUAAACAUGUUAUUUAUUCGGACAAUUUUUCCUAUUACCUGAUGAGACUUGGAAAGCAGCCAUGGGCAUUUGGUGGAACACGGACGCGCUUUACUGUCACCGUCGAUCAACUCAAUGGAGCUAUCGUCCAAUUAGAGGGGGUAGAAAUAGCCACUGCGGACUUAUCACCAUUCCCACACGCUCCGACUGUGAAUAUCAAGGCGUUGUAUUUACCAAACAUGGAAAACAGCGUGCAGGUACUCUUGCAUCCAAGAUUUCAGCAUCUUGUUGCGCUGAAUUUCCACGCUCGAUACCCCUUUAACGUAUCUGACCCAUUAUCCCUACCAUCUCUUCGUUGCCUCGUUUUAAAACUUUGGACCAAUUACAAAGCGGACCUAAGGGGUACUUUCUCAAAUUGGACUUUUCCCAACUUAUCUGCAUUCGAGCUCAAUCCAGGGGCCGCAUACACUGAACGGAUGCGGGCCGACGUAGAAGGGUUUCUACUCGUACACGCAGAAACUCUCGAAGAGGUGGUCUUCAAGGACGGCUUCCAAGUUUCGGACGCGUUUGACGUGCAUAAAUCACUCGGUCGGUUGAGGAUGUAUACAAUUCACCCUCGUUUGGAAAUUUACCGCGGUUAUGGUGGAAUCCUCGCUGCCGUAGAAGACUGGCCUCCGCCGGACUCGUACUAG